CUGGACAGUGGACUGAACCAAGUCUGCAAUCACACUAAAACCACAAGAGCAUGGCUACAAUUGAAACGCUCUCCUCGUCCUUUCCUUUUGCACUUCUUCUUCUUCCUCUUUGCACCAUCUUGGUACAGCAGUACAGAAAGAUGAGUAAAUUACUUGUCAUAGUCCUCCUGCUGCUGCCUCUGAUCAACCACGGAAUCUUCUUGGCCACGGCAUGGGAUGAUCAAGAUUUCUUCAAAUACUACCCACCGUCCCAGUGCAGCCAACAUGGCCCAGAGAUCAGGUAUCCUCUCUGCCUUGAAUCCAGCACCGAUGGAUUAAUCAGGAAGUUAGCAUGCUCUGGUCAAGACACCAUCCUAGUCCACCCAGUUCUUGGCCCAUACAAUGUCAGCGCCAUAGAUUACAAGCGUUCUUCCAUGAACAUCACCCCACUUGUAGACCCCUGUUUCGUGCUACAGCAGAAGCUUAUCAUCUCUAGAAGCUCAUCGUCUCCACAGGCUGAUGUUAUCAACGAUGAGAUGCCAGAUCUUAACCUAUGGAAUUCUUCCUUAGUACGUUGUUUAAGAGAGUUUGCACCUGGUGCUGCCAAUGCGAUUGCUGGCCCAGUCUCCUGCCUUAGCAACACAACCCACUUCUUGUAUUUGGUGAAUGGUUAUGAAGACAUGUCUCUUCUUCCGUUGGACUGCAAGGUCAUCCCACUCUCAGAUGGUGUCGGUGGCGGUCUGAUGCCCAUGUAUGAGUUUGACACACCAAUGUCAGACAAGCUCCCAAUAUCCUUCAAGGAAAGCGCAGAAAGAAUGCUCAGUUUUGCUGAGACGACAGUGUAUUGGUAUGGUUCUUACUAUUGCGUACACUGUGAACGCAGUGGGGGACGCUGUGCGUUCAGCUCACAAAGGGAUAGACAAUUCUGCAUGCGCGGCCCACAUGGUUCACGUAUCAAAGUCAUUGCAGCUACAUCAUCAGCGGCUGCAUUUGUUGUUCUUUUGUUGACGGUGGCCACUGUGCUUUAUCUUUCACUCAAGACAAGAUAUAACGCGGAGAUACAUUUGAAGGUUGAAAUGUUUCUCAAGACAUAUGGAACAUCAAAACCGACAAGGUACACUUUCUCCGAAGUUAAGAAGAUGGCAAGACGGUUUAAGGAAAAAGUGGGACAGGGAGGAUUUGGAAGUGUGUACAAAGGCGAGCUACCAAAUGGAGUGCCUGUGGCAGUCAAGAUGCUAGAGAACUCUACAGGAGAGGGAGAAGCAUUCAUCAAUGAAGUUGCAACCAUCGGACUAAUCCACCAUGCCAAUAUUGUCCGCCUCCUGGGAUUUUGUUCUGAAGGAAUGAGACGGGCUCUUAUUUAUGAAUUCAUGCCUAAUGAGUCAUUGGAGAAAUACAUAUUCUCUGAUGACCCUAAUAUUUUUCAGAAUCUUCUAGUACCAGACAAGCUGCAAGAUAUUGCUUUAGGCAUUGCCAGAGGAAUGGAGUACUUACAUCAAGGGUGCAACCAGUGGAUCCUACACUUUGACAUCAAGCCUCACAAUAUCCUGUUGGACUACAACUUCAAUCCAAAGAUCUCAGACUUUGGCCUUGCCAAAUUGUGCACAAGAGACCAAAGCAUCGUCACCUUAACAGCAGCAAGAGGCACAAUGGGGUACAUUGCACCAGAGCUAUACUCUCGGAACUUUGGGGGAGUGUCGUACAAGUCAGACGUGUACAGUUUCGGAAUGCUAGUGCUAGAAAUGGUGAGCGGAAGGAGGAACUUAGACCCAAGUACUGAGAGCCAGAACGAUGUUUACCUCCCAGAGUGGAUCUACGAGAAAGUGAUCAAUGGGGAGGAGUUGGCUAUUACAUUGGAAGCAACUCAAGAAGAGAAAGAAAAAAUGAGGAAGCUGGCAAUUGUGGCACUGUGGUGUAUCCAGUGGAACCCAAGAAACCGGCCGUCGAUGACAAAGGUUGUGAACAUGUUAACAGGGAGGUUGCAGAGUCUGCAGAUGCCCCAAAGCCUUUCGUCUCAUCUGAAAACGAACUCAUGCCAUAAAUCAAAAGAGGGACAACAUUCAAUGUUGUAUUGUACCACUACUUUGUCUACGCGUGCGUUGCAAUAGCACCCACUGUGUUUUGAUGCUUUCAGUCCAUUAGGUCUGAAAAUGUAUGAAUAAUCACUGGCCACUACCAUGUAAUGGUACUACUAGUUGUCUGUAAGAUAAACAAUUUGCCAUUGGCCGUUACUUUCAA